AUGGAAGAUGACGUGUCCCGAGGUGCAGAAGCUGGCACCGUGCCUCGGCCGAAAAACUAUUCCUAUGGUUGUGGUGCUUGCCGAUUGGGCCGUCUGGCUCACUUGCACUUGGGUGCAGAUGGUGGUGACCAGUGGGAGAUUCAUGUGGACACGUUCGACGAGCUUACACUUUCGCCCGAUGUAGUGAGUGACAUCACAGAGAUGUGGCAUGCGUUCGUCCAGAACUUUGACACUGAACAAGCGGCUGGUGAAGCCGUGUUCAGCUCAAUCUUUGACGCUGCGCCUUCACUGCAGUCGCUUUUUCACGGGCCACGAGCAGUUCAAGCACAAAAGUUCGUGCUGAGCGUUGGCAACAUCAUUAGCCACCUCGACCAUCCAGCUGCCUUGAAAGUAGAGGUGGAAACUCUGGGGUUUGUUCACUUGAGCGUGGACAUCACAAUUCCAAGAAUUGCGUUGUUCCGUGAUGCAAUCCUCGAUCUUUUUGAGACUGAGCUCGCCGACUCGUUCACUCCAUCUGCGAGGGACGGGUGGGGCAGGUUGCUUUCGUACGUUGGUGGCUCACAGAUAUGGGUUCGGACUCAUUUCUCUACUCGGCUGAAGGUGCUGCAGGAGAGCUGGAAGGCAGCCAACAACCGCGACAAUCCGCAGAUCUCGGAUGCAGAGCGUCAAAAGAUGCUGAAACUUAGUAAAAACCAGAAGAAGAAUGAUGUUGACAUCGAUGCCGAAGUUGCCAGCACCGACAGCCCAGAUAGUUCUGAGAGCAGCUUUUCAGGGAACACAGGUCACACCGCCCUUGGCCCAGCUCACAGUACAAAGGUGGUCGGCGACCGAAGGCGUUGUGGCAAUUGCCUUGGCACUUUGUUGAACUGCUGCAAGUGCUGUAGCUUCGGGAAAGAGGCAAACAAAGAGAAGCAAGACGAUGGCAGGAAGGUCAGCAAGGACAACAAGCCAAAAGACACGAAGCCUGGAAAGUCGCAGCUCCAGGCAACAGAUGUCCCCAGGACUUUUACAGAGAUGUUCCAGUGGAACUGUGCCGUUAUGGGCUUGUCCGGGCGCAAGUGGAUGCAGGAGAUCUUGGGAAGCUUCACUGCAAUGGUCGAGCAUAUAGCGGAUAUGAGACGUCUGCAGCAGGAGUGCAACAUUGUCUCGAUCCGCAUUGCAAAGGUGACUGCUGCAGGUGUGAACUGGGUGAACCUCUCCGAGUUCAAGUCCUGCAUGCUGGCGGCGUUGCGGUCUCUGCUUCCGACGGCCUGGGACACGUCACAUGAAGUAGCUUGGAACUGGCUGUGGGACAACAUCGAGACAAUCCUGAAGAAGACUAUGGGUAAGCCUCUGGUUUGGGAGCAGUCGCUUCAAGGUAUGUUUGCUGCCUUGAGUGAUGAGCAGCUCUUCAACUAUCGCGUUAACCUCUAUGAGAAAUUCUUCGCAGCGGUGCCGGCGGGGCAAGACUACUUCAAGCAGUCCAACACACGAUUACACUUUAUCGCUGAGAGCGCCACGAACUUGUCUCUGAAACUCUUGCAAGAUCCCUGGCGAAUGGUCGACGAUGUCUCUGCACUUGGACUCCGUCACGUCGGUUAUGGCAUACCCACAGAGAUGUUUGGGCCAUUCACAGAAGCGGCUGUGGAGGCCCUAAGAGGCUACGUGUCUGACGCUUUGGUCCUUGAGGCUUUCAAUUGGUCCCUGUCGAUCAUCUCACAGAUGCUGGUUCACACAGUAACAGAAGGAUCCACGAUCGUCAUGAAAGCGAUCAACAACAACUCCGUGUCUCAGUUGGUCAAGGCAGUGAGCUGUGCCCCGAGAGGGGAGCGCUCCAAUUGGGUCUUGAUUGUCAAGGUGGGCACCCAGGAUAUCUCACCACUCCGAUGGGCUAUAGCCAGUGGUAGCUUGAGCGCAGCAAAGGCAAUCAUUGAGGAUUUGCUGGCAAUCCGGGCAGAUCGAGAAAGGUACUACUACGGUGUCGAUGACCUGUUUCAGCGUCACCCAGAUAUAGUCAAGAUCCUGUGCACGGAGGCACCCAUGUUGCUGCCGACCUUGCUUGAGGGCCUUAUUUGGCGGUCACGAACAGUGAACCAAGGAGUGCGCCGGGUCAACUACUACGUCAAGAAUCUUAUUGUUGGAUCUGAUGGAGUUUUUGCUGGUGCAUUGCCUGCACUGGUUGGAAUUCGCGAUCCGAAGAUCAUCUCUCACGUCGCAGUUGACCUUGUGGCGAACCUGCUUUGGUCAGGCAUUGUAAUGCACGAGUUUAUUACUUCAAAGAUGUGGUUCAUUUUCAGCCUUGUCAUUCUUAUGGUCAGCCAGACACUGCUGCCAGAGUACCGCACAUCCUUCGAAGUUCGGGUUGUGACUUUUGCCUUCAGAGUAAUGACCUACCUUUUGACCUUGCUCCGGCUAUUGGUACAGCACUCGCGGGACAUCUUCCUGGCCUACUACCGCAAACAAACAGUCCGGAUACUGAGAAUACCCUUUCCCAAGUACCUUACACAGUCCUACGACCUUGCCAGCUUCUUGCUGCUGAUCUGUUUGAUUCUGAUGUGGGCCAACGAGCCUUUCAUCUGGUGCUACGCUGCACCAGACUGGCCAACGGAGUACUGCUUGACCUUCGAAGAAGGUGGCUUCGUCUACUCCGUGUUUGCCAUGUGCGCUGUGGGACUGCACUGGGGUCUCAUGGCUGACCUUGCGGUGUUCUCCACAGGUCUCAGUGCGUUCGUCUUGGUUUGCGUGCAUGUGGGCUCUGAGAUUGGAAGGUUCAUGUUUGCCUUGAUGUUUCUCCUCACGGCGUUCGCAUCAGCAAUCACCGUGCUGGAACAUCAUUACGAGGACAUGAAGACGGUGGGUGACUCCUUGAUUGCCCUCACUGGCAUUACAUUGCGGCUUUACGAGGAUGAUUAUCGGGACCUUCAGAAUGAUCCAUUGCUGCUGACGGCCGUGUUUUGCUUCGUCACAGCUUCUGCCAUUCUGUUGCUAAACCUGCUGAUUGCUCAGCUCAACUGCUCCUACGUGUACAUCUACCAAAACAUGCUGGGUUAUGCCAAGCUCAAGCGUUCUUCCGUGUCUGUUCAGACAUUGGCAUACAUCAAGAUGGAACGGUGGAGCCGGUUUGUCGCUACACUGGGUUUGGAUGUACCGCUAGAGUUCAACGAGGGAGACGUGGGUAUGGCAGGAGGAAUCUCCGUCUUUGAGCCGCAGAGCUUAAGCAUUGUUGCGACCGACCGCAUCCUGCGCUUCGGCGGCUCAUGCUCACCAGACUUGGAAUGGCCAGCAGACACAUCCAAAACUGGUAUGGAUGCCGACGAGGAGCAGUUGGAAACCCUGGAGCAUCUCCUGCAUACGACACUCCAUCAUCUGCGGAAGUCCAAGAAGGGAGGCGAUUCCGGCUUCAACACUUCCAGCCAAGCCAGCCAAGCAACUGGUGAGUCCAAAGGCUACAGUGGUUUCAGCGGUGUCAGUGGUGUGAGUGGUGUAGGUUCGUCUGACUGA